CAUCUGUGUCACACCAAAUUCAUGUCUUUGCUUCGACUCUCAGACUCCUUUCAUCUUUUUUCCCGCGCCAAAUACUUUCUUCUUCCACUGGACUUCCCUCUCCUGUUGUUUGAUCAGGUAAUGCCAUGAUGGAGCUACUAUCUCUACUCAGAUUAUGGAUUAGUUUCUUCUUCAUAUCGACACUUCUUUUGCUUCGAGUUGACUCUCACUCUGAGUAUUUGAUUGGAAUGGGAAGCUAUGACAUCACUGGCCCCGCCGCUGAUGUUAACAUGAUGGGCUAUGCUAACAUGGAGCAAGUCGCUUCCAGUAUUCACUUCAGGCUCCGUGCUCGGACAUUCAUUCUCUGACCCUGAAGGGAAACGGGUUGUGUUUGUUAACAUUAACGCUUGUAUGGCUUCACAAAUCGUUACACUCAAAGUUAUCGAAAGGCUCAAGGCAAGAUAUGGGGACCUGUAUACUGAAAAGAAUGUUGGCAUCAGUGGUAUUCACACCCAUGCCGGUCCAGGGGGUUAUCUCCAGUAUGUUGUGUAUAUCGUUACAUCACUUGGCUUUGUUCGUCAGUCAUUUGAGGCUCUUGUCAAUGGAAUUGAGAAUAGUAUCAUCCAAGCUCAUGAAAACCUUAGUCCUGGUUCAAUUUUUAUCAAUAAAGGUACUAUAGAAGAUGUUGAUGAUAUGUGCAAGGAAGAUGAUGUUGGGAAGACUACAAGUGCUUCUGGAGUUGGAAGUUCAAGAUCAGAAAGCUCAAGUGUACCACUAUGAAACAUGUUUGAGACUUUCUUUUAUUAUGUUUGGAAACAUAACGAGAACAAAAUUUGGUGCCUUUGUUUUGGUAGUUAUUGAACUUGUUUAAGUUAUUAAGUUUGUUAUUGUAAUGCCACUUUAAAAUUCUAGUUAUUUGAUUAUAUAUUUUCUGGCA